GACGAAAAAAUGGCGGUUCCUGCAAAGCGGCGGCCUUUGCAUUGCUCACGUAAAACUGACCUUUUCCUUUCAUGUACCGGUCCAGUGAUGAGCAGCUGGGUGACAAUCAGACUUCAAAGAGGAACUGCCUGAUGAAGAUGGGGUCUCUAGCACAGUACAACAUGUAGAACAAGACUGAAGACAAUCUCCUAUUCCUACAUAUCACCUGCUCGCUGUUGAUCUGCGGAAGAAAGAUGACGGCAAGCGAAGGAGACAAGAAGUUAAAAGCGGAGUAUCUGAGAGAACUGAUGUGCAAAGGAAUUUCCCUCGAAGAGCAGUGGCAGCUUUCCCUAUGGGACAAGGGACUGGAGAGGGUUCCCUCGGAACUCACACAACUCGCGGAGUUACACGUUCUCGACCUCGGCGGGAACAACUUGAAGGAACUUCCCUUGGGGUUCAGCCACUAUUUGACCAAUCUGGGCGUACUGGACUUGAAGAAGAACAACUUUGCAAGCUUUCCGGAGCAAAUAUUAGACUUGGCCAGCGUGACGGAGCUCGACCUCAGCUACAACAAACUCAAAAGUAUUCCCCAAGAGAUCAGCCAGUUACAGAGACUGCAGAAGUUUUUCCUAAGUCAAAACUACAUCCAGGUUCUUCCACAGGGUAUAUGCGAGCUUUUCCUGCUAGAAGAGCUGGACAUAAGCUAUAACUACCUCACCUACCUUCCAGCUAAGUUUGGGCAGCUGAAGAGGCUUCGGACUCUAGAUUUGGAUCACAACAAGAUUCCCUACAUUCCGCAGCAAGUGUUUGAAUUAAGAGAGCUGGUUGAAUUUGACUUCAGCCACAAUACCGCCAUCUCAGGGCCACUGCCAUGCAACGUCGCCUUCCUCACAAACCUACAAGUGCUUUGGCUCAGCAGCAAUGGCCUUACUCUUCUUCCUAAUUGUAUCAAAGACCUUGUGCUGCUAGAAGAACUUAUCUUAGACAACAACAAGCUGCACAAUCUUCCGUGCGACUUCGAGCACUUACAGAGGGUAAAAGUUCUAAAUCUCGGCUUCAACUGCUACGAAAUUUUCCCUCACGCGGUGCUAGCUCUCAACCGAGUGGAGGAACUUUUUCUAAGCAGGAACAAACUGUCUCACAUCCCGGAAGAAAUCGGACUCUUAGAACACCUCCGAGUGCUCUGGUUGGAUCACAACAACGUGGAAAGCAUUCCGGACUCCAUCACCAAACUGGUGAACAUGGAAGAGUUGUCCGUGCAGGGGAACAGGCUCAAGUGUCUACCGGAGGGUUUCGGCAAACUGUCGAACCUCGACUGCCUGGACGUACGCGAGAACCCCUUAUUGCAACCUCCGCUUGACGUCUGUAAAAACGGUGUGAAGGCCAUCGCAGCUUUUCAAGAAGAGCUGCAAAGGGUAAAGGUCUCCGUCACGCCAAGAUUCAAACUUGCCUUCGUCGGGAGGGAACAUUCGGGUAAGACUCAGCUUAAACAUUCCUUGAACGGCGACCUGAACGUGCCUUCAGAAAUGACGUCCAAAUUCCUCAACAUAUCAACCAUGACAUUUGACUCAGGCGCCCGCGUGGACACAGUCGUGUAUGACUUCGGUGGUAACAGCAUGUACCGCUUUGCACAGCAAUUCUUUUUCACUGAAAACUGCCUCUACCUGCUAGUCGUCAAUCUCUACGAAUACAGGGACUCCACGUUUUGGGAGGACGUCGGGUACUGGCUGAGCGUUAUCAUAGCACGUGUGCCUUACGCUUGCGUGUGCAUCGUGGGAACCUAUGUCGACCAGUGCGAUGAAGAUGACGUCGAAGACAGAAGUCUUGAUAUUCACAAGAAGAUUUCACAAAUAUUCAACGACAUGAGGACAAAGUCGCAUCUCCUUAGCAUUGCGAACAGCAUGGAAGAACUCUUACAGGAAAGCAGUGUGCAAGCUUCCGUGCCUUCUCAGUCAAGCCCUACAAGAAGAACCAAGUACUUUCAGAGCAGUCAGAACAGGGUCUUAUCAGCCAUUCUACCUGUCAGCUUGGCUGACGACCAUCAAGGUGGUGUAAAACACAUCCAAGACCUCCUGCCUUAUUUGUACACCAACGUGCAAUUGUUCCGUAACAACAGCUGCCUCACAGUGCACACCACGUGGGUCCAUCUGGAGGACAUGAUAAAGGAUAGACAGGAAACGUUGUUUAUCUCUCUGGAGGAUUUCCACAGCAUGGCUGCUAUCGCCGGCGUACCGAAGAGGCAGCGACCGGCGAUCCUACAGUGGCUUGAAGACAGAGGUUCCGUGUUGUACCUCGGUAACAACCCCCAUCUCAGGAAGUACGUCAUCCCUACGUCAGUGAAAUUUGUCGAGUUGUUCAAUUGCUUGUUCGGCUACGCUCUCAGGGUACAAUCGGAACAGCAAGCAACUCUGUAUCCCAACAACAUGCCUGCUUCCUCCAUUCAGCUUGUGACAGAAGACUUGUUACAGAGUGGUGUGGUCGCCCCCUAUCUUUUACAUGCAGUACUGCAGGAAGCAGGGCUGACUGAACCACAAGAAGUGGUGGGUAGGCUCCUCUGUGACUUGGGAAUGUUUUUCCCGAUUCCUUACCACCCAAGCCACAAUGCCGAUACCGGAGAAGAAGGGACCUUGCGGGAACAGGAGACUUUAGGAAGGGAACUGGUCUCCUUUUCUGUACCGUGGUUCAGACGCAAACUCGGCUGCCAAACCGGGCUAAGACUCACUCUACCCUACUACCACACUACAGUACAGAUCGAAACCCUGCAGAUCAAGUGCUGCGUGUGGCACUUCUGCCCGCCGGGACUGUUCGAACGGUUCACCGCCACCAUCCACCCCCACAUCGUCCACAGGAUGGACGUGUCUAACAGCUGUAUUGUGUACCGCGGGAAAGUCCCCGUCCUCGUCGAACUCAAGACCUCGCAAGACCUCACGUGCGUGCUCUUAACCACGAAGAUGACUCAAGUGAACACGUGGUCAGCCUGGCAGGCUAUCGUCCCGCUGGUGAAAGAACUGUGUGCCUUGUUGGAGGAGUGGCCGGGAAUGCUGCAGUCUCUCCACGUGGUGUGCCCCCACUGUCUACAGGCAGGGGGCGCCGCAGAGCCGCACGAGUUCCCAGGAAGACUGCUGACCCUUCCCAGACCCAGGGAGCCGGCGACAGUGAAGUGCCCCAAGGGCGAUGGUGCGGACGUGAGCGUGGCUCUGGUGUAUCCACCUGAACCAAUAACAACGUUUGAAUCUGUAUGAACCAGUGUGUGAAGCAGUAUAUGUCACUGUGAAAGCAGUGUGUCUGUCUGAAGACUCUAAUGGAAGAUACCACACUGCAAGUGUAUGGAGUGUGUUUGGAACAUCCCAUCUACCCCUGCCGCUCCCUGUGCGAGG